AUGGGUGUCGCUGGCUUGUGGGAUAUCCUCCGUCCGGCAGGAGAGACGCGCUCUCUAACCCAUCUAUCUGUCGUCGAUGGCUUCGAGGCAAACCCCGACGGAGUGCGCGGCUUCCGCGUCGGCAUAGACGCAAGUAUCUGGUUCUUCCACGCAGCGUACGGUCGAGAAGGGGAGAAUCCCGAACUCCGCACGUUGUUCUUCAAAUGCACAAAGCUCAUGAGCUCUCCCUUCCUACCCCUCUUUGUGUUUGAUGCGCGGAAGAGAAUUAGCGGCAAGAACCACUGGAUGAUACAAGGCAUGCAAGAAAUCAUCAAUGCAUUCGGAUUCGAGUGGCGCAUGGCUCCUGGAGAGGCAGAAGCGGAGUUGGCUUACCUGAAUCGCUUGGGCGUCAUUGAUGCAGUUUACACCGACGACGUGGACACGUUUCUAUUCGGAGGGAAAAUGGUUGUCCGGAAUGCCAGCAUAACUCUAUCCGGUAACCGCGCACACUCCCUUAAGAACAGCGCAGGUCGUGAAGACGGCAAUCAUGUUGCAACCUACACCUCACACGCCAUCCUCACGCACCCCUCCAUCCAACUGACACACGGCGGGCUAAUUCUCAUCGGUGUCCUCCGUGGAGGCGACUACCAUUCCGGUCUUGCCGGGUGCGCUCCCUGCCUUCCUGCGCGGCUGGCGGAGGAGGUGCGCGCUGAGCUACGCUCGAACGCGCGCGGAAUUCUUGGCAAGAAGUACGCUGCGUUGUCGAAGAAGAUCCCUGAAGACUUCCCCGACAUCGACGUCCUCCUAUCGUACACGAACCCCAUUGAUUGGGAGAAGGAGCCUGACCUUGGAAAAAUGCCGGCUGAGAUCAUCAUCAAGCGCUUCAGGACGGUGCUCUGGCCUGCUGCUGUGUUGCGAAUCCUGAGACGUGUUGCGUUGUUGGAGACAAGCCAUUUCUCCUCGCUGCAGCUGAACUCGCCCAAACGCGCAGGAGGUGACGACUCCGACAGCGAAGAUGAAGAUGACGAAGACAAGCUCAUCGUCAAGAUUCACUCGUCACGACAACACGCAUCUACAGAUGGUGUCCUCGAGUAUCGUCUCGAGGUCGCCCCCGCACAUCUCAUCCGGCUGUCUGAGUCCGGGGUGAGGGGUCUCCGUACGGCAUUGGCAACGGGGCUGGACGAUGAUUCAGACUUGCCAGAAGACGACGACUCGGAUGGCGAUGGGAAAGGGAAGAAGCGUGUACCGAAGCCGCCACCCGAUCCUCAGAGUCACUUGAGGAUCUGGUUGCCUGCGUGUAUGGUGCGCGUCGCGCAGCCUGACCUUGUGGAUGAGUUCGAAGGGAUCCAGGAGAUGCGUGCGGCCAAGAAGGCAGGGAAAGCCAAAGGGACUAACGCUGUCGGAACGAAAGCUAAGGCAGGGAAGAAGGUUCCUGUACUUGUCCUGGAAGAGGAGGAAGAAAGUUCAGAUGGUUCCGUCUCACCGACUCCGAAGAAAGCAAGGCCGAAGGCCAGUACAGCCAAGCAGAAGCUAGCCGUCGUCGCUACAAUUCCUAAACAAGCCAGCACCGUCAAGGAGUUCUUCGUCGUUGGUAAACCUACACAUACGAGCGGCAAACCGAGCAAGACGAAGUCAAGUACCGCCAAGGUUUCUGCACUGUUCGCUGAGGAGCCCACGACUUCCAAACGGAUCGUGUCGAAGCCGUCCGGCCCGGCCCCUGCAUUCGACACUGAUACUGAAUCCGACCUUGCUCGAUCGGCUGCUUCCUCGUCAAGGCUGCCUUCUCUUACAAACACCUCUCGCCCAUCAUCCACGGGCCUGAGCCUGUCAGACUCAUCAAGCGAAAGACAGACAUUUGUUCCCGCCCCCUUUCCCAUGUCCUUCGACAAAGAUGAAGUACGCGACGACAGGCCAACCUCCACCGGAUUGAUCAGGGCCGACAGCGUGGGCAUUCUUCGUCCGUACGCGAAGCGAUUGUCUAGCCGCAGCCAGUCGCCGGUCGAGAGACAUAUUGACAAAGCCAACCGCGAUGGACCGUUGCAGAAAUCUCCGCGUAAAUCGCAGAAACAAACAUCACCCCGUAGGCAGGGCAAGACCAGGCCGACAUCCCCUGUAUCCGUCAUGUCAUCCAACAGACCUAUUUCCCCGUCGCCAAUCCGCCAGCCUCCCAGUAGGGUGGCCACGAAGACUUCGUCUUCAUCGCCGCAGCGAGACCACUUAUUCGAUGUCGACUCAGAGCCAGAGGGCCCUCGUCAGCCCAAGAUCGCCCCGUUGUUCCUGGCGAGGACCAAGGUGUCAACAACGUCCAAUGUAUCGGCAAAAUCCACAUCGGCGAGAGCGAGACAUAAAUUCUCGACACAAGUACUCGUGGAUCCCCACGAUAUCAUCGAUCUAACGUGA